UAUAUAUAGCGUAGUGGUAAAGCCAGACAUAAAGAAGUCAAAUGAAGUUAGUUGUGCACUAUUGCCUUUGAGUCUUUGAGGACGGAUCGUGUCAUAUUUACUGUUUAAAAUGAUGUCUAAAGAAUACAACCGACCGAUGGGUUAUGGAUUUAGUCGGGAAAUCAAGAUGAAGAUGGACUCGAAAUACGAUGACCAAUCCGAGCAAAACGCCCGUCUUUGGAUGGAAGAUGUGACUGGCACAUUGCUGUGUAAUCCUCCUGACGAUAUACAGACGGCUGAACAACUCAACGAGUGGAGAUACAAUAAUCCGCUGGGGAAAGAUGGAAUGUGCUGUGCUCUGGCUGAUGGUCGAUACCUAUGCAUGUUAAUGAACACCAUCUCUGAAGGAGCAAUCCCAAAGUUCAAUGAAGUCUUAAAAGAGAAGGAUUCAUUUCGAAAGAGAGAAAAUAUUGAAAGAUUCAUUGAUGCUGGAAUUAAAGUACUGAACUGCAAGAAACUAGAUCUUUUCCAGGUUGUCGACCUUUUUGAGAAAACCAACCCUGGCCAGGUGGUUAAUGGCAUUUAUGCUGUAGCAAGAAAGGCUGCAGAACUUCAUCCAGAUUGGCCAGCCCUUGGCCCGAAAGAAGCCAAGUACAGUCCGCGAGAAUUCUCGACCGACCAGCUGAAGGAAGGCUUGAACGUGAUUGGUUUACAGAUGGGCACAAACAAGGGCGCAUCGCAAGCUGGGAUGACCUUUGGCAAACAGCGAUUCAUCAUCGACUAAACACUGAGAACUUUCAUCAAAUUUCACGCCUUUAAUGAAAUGCUAAUGUGAGGCAAAAUAACUAGCACGCUAAAUUUUUUCACGCAGAAUUCGUUUAAAUUAAAGUUAUCUCGAGGAGUAAUCAGGAGUAGCAAGUAAUUUUAAGCGGCGCCUUUCGCCAAAUUAGUCGCAGAUUUGUCGCUUGGUCUUGGUGCCGAAUACACCGAAACUUAGUGAACUUUAACAGUUUCCUAAUUAAAGUUCCUUGCUUUUUUCUGAAGAAAACUCCCAUCUUUAGGAUUCAUUGGCCUUUGCAUUUACCGUUUAAUUUUUUUUUUCAAAAUACCGUAUAUUUGUUUAUCAAUAUCUGUGGAUAUUUCCUUUGAUGCUGCGUAUAUACAAUAUGCAUAGUUAUGGUGUGUAUUGACCGAGGAAAAUGAUAGUAUCUUAUGUGUUUUCACGUUAUGCUUUGAAUCUCCUUCCUUGUGAAUAGUUCACCGCGAAGAAAGUGUCUGUAAUUUCUAGCUAAUGCCCACCUCUGUGGUAGAAAUCAGUUGCAAAGUUUGGGGAAUAUUAAAAUUGAAACUUUUUA